UGAUCACUGAAGUGUGGACAUUGCUACUUUCGGGACCGAGGAAUAUUUAGAACGGCUAAAGGUAUAACCGAAUAUUGUUCUUCUCUUAACACUCACUGUACUCAAAAAUACUCAUACAUUUAGAGACUAACCUCCGGCGCUUGGAGCCCUGGAUCGUCUUUCUGGAGAAGAGGUCAGUUUUCAAAAGUAAUUCUUAUGUUGUGCCGUGCCUAUCAGCAAGAGCUGUAGGUGUCUGAGGACCACAGCUUUAAGACCAGAAUGCCUCGGCCUGGAAAGAACUCCUACAGUGACCAGAAACCUCCUUACUCCUACAUAUCUCUUACUGCCAUGGCCAUCCAAAGUUCCCAGGAAAAGAUGCUCCCGCUGAGUGACAUUUACAAAUUUAUCAUGGAUAGGUUUCCGUACUACAGGGAGAAUACGCAAAGAUGGCAAAACUCUUUGAGACACAAUCUCUCUUUCAACGACUGCUUCAUUAAGAUUCCGAGAAGACCAGAUCAGCCCGGGAAGGGCAGUUUCUGGGCGCUGCACCCAGACUGCGGAGAUAUGUUUGAAAACGGCAGCUUUUUACGUAGGCGGAAACGGUUUAAACUUUUAAGAUCUGAGCACUUGACAUCUAAAAACUCACAGAUGCUUCAUUACUUUCACCAUCAGCACCACCCAGCUAAGAUAUCAAUCGGCCCACCAGAGCCUGCCACUGGUGUGGGGAGGCUGCCCCACUUUCAGACCUACAGCCUUAACGGAGCUCAAUCCACAGGAUUCAAGCACCCGUUUGCCAUCGAGAACAUAAUUGGAAGAGAUUACAAGGGCAUGAUGGCCAGCGGCCUGCCAAUAGCUUCGGUGAUGCAUCACCUCGGGUACCCAGUGCCAAGUCAUCUUAGCAACAUGGUCAAUAGCAUGUGGCCACAUGUUGGGAUGCUCGACUCCAUGGCUCCGAUGCCAAUUUCUGCCGAUUACGGGUCUUUCGGUGUUCCCAUGAAGACGCUCUGCCAUCCCAGCAGCCAAGCUAUGCCAGCUGUCCCUGUGCCAAUAAAACCCACGCCGUCUUUGGCUCACACUGUACCGGCACUUACAAGCAGCGCGGCGCAAAUCUGCGCGUCCACCACGUCCGUUGCGCUGCUUGAGCAGACUCUCUCGGACUCGGUGGACGGCAAAAACGGACCGCUGCUGCCCGCCCUAGUGCAUUAAAGAAGUGCUGGUGGUCGGCGGCACCCGGCAGAGGCUCAGUAUUACCUCAGUAUGGGGAUUCGCUUACGGGCCCAAUGUGGUGUUUCAGAAAGUGCUUACACUCCUCGU